AAGGUUUGGUAGUCCACAUACAAGUCUGUCGACAUGGGAGACCCUAUCAGAAAUCCAGAGGUGAAAUAUACCCAGAUUUUCAUCAACAAUGAAUGGCACAAUUCCAUCAGUGGGAAGACGUUUUCCACCAUCAAUCCGUGUACAGGAGAGGUUAUCUGCCAAGUGCAGGAGGCAGAUAAGGCUGACGUUGACAAUGCUGUUAAAGCGGCUCGAGCCGCCUUCCACCGAACUGCCCCCUGGCGGACAAUGGACGCAUCUCAGAGAGGACAACUCCUGCUAAAAUUCGCCGAUCUUGUGGAGAGAGAUAUCAUAUAUUUGUCUAGUCUUGAAACACUGGACAACGGAAAGACCUUCCUCGACUCCAAAGCGGACAUUGAGCAGUCGAUUUCAGUUUUGCGGUACUAUGGUGGAUGGUGUGAUAAAAUCACUGGCAAGACUAUUCCUGUUGAUGGCAAUUACUUCACCAUGACGCGACAUGAACCGAUUGGAGUCUGUGGGCAAAUUAUUCCUUGGAACUACCCUAUGGGCAUGCUAUCGUGGAAACUGGGCCCAGCUUUGGCGUGUGGCAAUACGAUUGUGUUAAAACCGGCUGAAAUGACACCGCUUACCGCCCUUGCUUGCGCCGCUCUUCUGAAAGAGGCUGGCUUUCCCCCAGGGGUGGUAAACGUCGUCCCUGGGUAUGGACCUACUGCCGGAGCAGCAAUAUCCGAACACAUGGAUGUGGACAAGGUUGCAUUUACUGGAUCUACUGCGGUGGGUCAUACCAUCAUGCAAGCCGCUGGCAAGAGUAAUCUGAAAAGGGUCAGCUUGGAAUUAGGCGGAAAAAGUCCACUGAUCAUAUUUGCUGAUGCCGAUUUGGAAGAAGCAGCAGCUGUGGCGCACUUGGCGAUCAUGAACAAUCAUGGGCAGAACUGCUGUGCCGGAUCCCGUACGUACGUGGAGGAGUCCGUCUAUGACAAGUUUGUGGCCCUGGCUAAGGAUAGAGCGGAGAAGCGUGUGGUAGGGGAUCCUUACGACCCCAAAACAGAACAGGGUGCGCAGAUCAACGAGACUCAAUUUAAGAAAAUUCUGGGCUACUGUGAGAGUGGUAAAGCGGAGGGGGCUGUUCUCCAGGCGGGCGGGGAGAGGAAAGGUGACAAGGGCUACUUCAUCAAGCCUACAGUGUUCUCUGAUGUUACCGACGACAUGAAAAUCGCAAGAGAAGAGAUAUUUGGCCCGGUACAAUGCAUACUCAAGUUCAAGGAUAUAUCGGAGGUCAUUGAUCGGGCCAAUCUGACGACUUAUGGCCUAGCGGCCGGGGUCAUCACCAAGGAUAUUGACAAGGCUAUGACCAUUGCUCAGAGUGUCGAGGCUGGAACGGUCUGGAUUAACUGUUUCGAUAUGGUGACGUCACAAACCCCCUUUGGCGGUUUCAAGCAGUCUGGACAGGGGAGAGAACUAGGAGAAGAUGCUUUGAAGGAAUACACAGAGAUUAAAACGAUAACCAUGAGGCUUAUCAACAAGUGUUCUUAAAUCAACGGAACACGUGGAUUAGGCUACACACGAUUGGUAUUGCUGAUUUUCACCACUUUCAGAGACACCGGUCUAACCCCUGAAUGGGUGGAGGCAAAUCC